AUGGCUUCCCUGGAGCCCGGGGCUCCUGUGCUCUUGAGCUGUGUUAUCUUUGGAAAUGGACUUCAUCUAGAGAUUCUUGGUGGCAGAAAUGACCAGCAAGUCAGUAAGAACAGCCUGCUUCGGCAAAAACGAGAAUGGAUUGUCCCUCCUGCAGUCAUCUGGGAAGAGCGUGACAAUUUCAAAAAGAAUCCAAUCGCUAGAAUACGAUCUGAUCGUGAAGGUGAACCAGGGUUAGUUAUUACUUACACCAUUUCUGGCCAAGGAGUCACAGAACCACCAUAUCAGUUAUUUGUGAUUAAUGGAAAAACUGGAGACCUGAACAUAACUGGAAUAGUUGAUCGGGAACAAACACCAAUGUUGCAUCUGAAAGGAUACGCAUUGGAUCAAAAUGGUGCAAACUUGGAAAAACCAUUAGACCUACGAAUUAAAGUUCUGGAUGUAAAUGACAACAGCCCAGUAUUUUCACAGGAAGUUUUUUCAGGUUCUGUUGAAGAACUGUCCACAAUAGGUACUGUUGUGAUGAAGAUAACUGCAACUGAUGCAGAUGAGCCUGGUACCCUUAAUUCCCAAAUUGCUUACAGGAUUGUUUCACAGCAACCUGAUCAGCCUCCAGCAUUUAUAAUUAACAAAGCAACAGGCGAAGUUCGGACUGCUGUCUUCCAACUUGACAGAGAGGCACAAAGUAGCUACACUUUAAUUGUGGAAGCAAAAGACCAAGAUGGAAAGGAAAAUGGGCAUGGUCAACAGACUACUCUACAGAUCAAGAUUUUGGAUGUCAAUGACAAUGUUCCUGUUCUUGAAAAAGACACGUAUGAAGGAAGUGUUAAGGAAAAUACAGCUAAUGUGGAAAUUAUGCGAUUGAAGGCCUUUGACAGAGAUGAGGAAUUCUCCGAUAACUGGCUGGCACAGUUCACAAUUUUGUCUGGCAAUGAAGGAGGCUAUUUCCAUAUAGAAACAGAUCAGCAAACCAAUGAAGGCAUUUUGACACUGGUUAAGGAAAUUAAUUAUGAAGACCUGAAGAGUGCUGACUUGAAUAUUGUUGUUGCUAACAAAGCAGCAUAUCACCAAUCAAUUAUUAAUCAAGGUUUUCAAGCAAAAUCAAUUCCAAUUAAAAUAAAUGUGGAAAAUGUGAGAGAAGGCCCUGUAUUUAAGCCUCAAACAUUGGUGAUUAAAGGAAAUGAAAAAAUGACAGUCAACCAGAUUAUUGGGAGUUUUCAAGCUUAUGAUGAAGACACUGGGAGGAUAGCAGAAAAUGUCAGGUAUGCCAAAGAUAAGGAUGUUGCAAACUGGUUCAUAAUAGAUUCCAAAACAUCUGAAAUAAAACUGAUUAAGGUGCCAGACUAUGAAUCACCAUUUGUUUUCAAUGGUACUUACACUGCAACAAUUUUGGCCAUAAGUAACGACAUCCCUUCACAAACAGCCACAGGUACCAUUGUAAUUGAAGUACAGGAUUUUAAUGACCACUGUCCAACUCUAGUGACUCGAGAGACAACUGUCUGUACAGAUACAAAGUUCAUUAACGUCACUGCUGAGGAUCGAGACACUCAUCCAAAUGGUGGCCCUUUUACUUUCACUAUCAUUGAUGACUCUGAAAGGAUGUCAUACAGAUGGAUAAUUGGCCAGGUGGAUGGAACUAGAGCACAGUUGGUGCCACAGAAUGUGAAUCCUGGAACAUACGAAGUUCCACUCUUAGUGAAAGAUAACCAAGGCUUGAGUUGUCCUGAACCACAGAUCCUAAAGGUGCAGGUUUGCGAUUGUGUAGAUGGUGCUGGUUGCCAAGAAGCAAUUGUUGGUUCCUCCGUUGUCCUUGGACCCUCAGCAAUUGCACUGAUCAUUUUGGCAUUAUUGUUGCUUCUGCUUGUGCCUCUCUUACUGCUGGCAUGUGGCUUUGGAUCAGGCACUGGAAAAGGUUUUGUAGCAAUACCUGAUACCAGCGAAGAAAUGUUACGAAACUGGAACAGUGAGGGGGCAGCUCCUGAAGACAAGGCAAUUCUCAGUCUCGGGGCUCCCCCAGCAUUGGACAAUUCAGCCUCUAAUAUGGGACUAGUAGCAACAGGUGUAGGAGCAGGAGCGACCGGUGCAGGAGCAGCUGCAGGAGGAGGUGGAGGAGGUGGUGGUGGUUCUUCUUCUGUGUUCAGAGACCAGUACAUCAGCAGGGAAGAGCAAACGGCUCUCCUUUCUGGGGCAGAUUAUAGAGGCAUGAGAUUAGGAGGAACCUCAGCCACAGCAGCCGGAGGUGGCAUGACAGCUACAGGAAGCUUGGCAGCAGGAGGAACUAUGACACUAGGUGCUGGAAGAACUAUAGCCAUGGAAAGUGGAGGCACUGUGAAUGAAGAUUUCUUGAGGAGUUACUUCAGUGAGAAAGCUGAUGCUUUUGCUGACGAAGAUGAAACACAACUUGCAAAAGACUGCCUACUAGUUUAUUCUCAGGAUGAAGAGAAAGAUUCUGCCCGUGGCUCAGUUGGCUGCUGCAGCUUUAUUGAGGAUGACUUCGAUGAGCACUUCCUGGAUGACCUGGGAGAUAAAUUUAAGACUCUUGCUGAGAUCUGUAUGGGCAAACAUGUAGGCAUGGGAGUUGGGCAGCUCAGCUCCCAAGUGCCAAAAAAUGCAAGUCCUAGUCUUACAGUGAAUGAGUCAGAUUCACAAUACUUGCACCAGCAGAAUGUUGUAAGUUCAGAACAAACCUAUGCUUCAGGGCCAAGCUACCAGUUAUCUAAACCUACAGAGCGCUUUGGUUCAGGAACCGUGACGGAGGAAACAGUCACUGAGACAAAAUUUACAUCUAACCUGAAGCAAGCUAGGCCCAUACCUGACCCUAUAAUUAGUAGCAGCAAUGUUGUAGUAACAGAAACAUCUUAUGGGGCAAGACCCCCUACAGUAAUCCUUGACCCUCAGUUUACGGAGAAUGUGGUUGUAACAGAGAGAGUACUUGCUCCAGCUUCUAGUUUACAGAAUGUAUUGGAUAUGCCUCCUGGAGCUUUUCCAGACCUCCCAGAUUCAAAAUAUGUUGUGGUGAGAGAAAGGGAGAGGGUCCUUGUGCCCAGUUCUGACCUGAAGGCUCCCUUAAGCAAUUUAUCAGAAGGACAAAAUGUGGUAGUAACUGAGACUCUGAUGACACCCAGUAGUGGUAGGCAGAGCACAACAGAACCAACCACCUAUUCUGACACUGAGAGGCAGGAACAUGUUUUCAUCUCAGAACCUUUUCUUAAUCAAACCAAUGCUCAGGAAGUACUGUCCUCUGGUUCUACCUUGAGUAAGUCAUCAACAUUUAAAAAAUACAGCUCUGUGCAGUAUACACGCUCAUAGUGUAUAUUUAUCCAUUGUUUUUAUUUACAUUUAACAUUGUUGGGGUUAAUAGGUGACUUUUGUAAAGCUGAAUAAGAUACUUAACUUUCCUCAGUGUUUGAUGUUACAUAAAACACGGUAGCAAUCAAAGAAAAUAUCAGAAUUAAGUAUACAACCCUAAACAUCUUUGCUAGGGAGCAAGCAUAAUUAAAAACAGUGGUAUUAAAAACCCAUAAGAUUAUAGUGUAAAAAACAUACUGCAAGAGGCUACUGAUAACUGUGGAGCUGGAAAGAAUGCGGCUAAUCAAAAAUAACAGCUUGGACAUCUCUCUGCUUAUACUUUGCUAGACACAGUCAUAGUUCCUAGUAGGUGUAUUCAGGAUUAUGGCAUUUGAUCGGCAAACAAUCUAUUCUAAUGACUUGCAUCUUGUGAGUGACAUAUGCCAAUGUAAACUGAUGUAUGUCUUUUUUAUGGCUGUAGAGGGAGGAAUUCACAGCCUCCCUCAUGCAGCAAUCUCCAGUCUGUGAAAACCGACCUGUCUCUUACUGUUCUCCCUUACAACACAGCUAUGCAGCAGCCAAUAGAAAGCAGCUAAGAGGAAUGUGGUUACAGCCCUAUUGCCAGAUGCUCAAUUAUGAAGUUUCCUCCAGGAUCUCCUUGGGUCUUCCAGAGGUUCUGAUGGAUAAUGUCGUUGUGUUUCUGGUUUUGACUCAGACACUUCUCAGCUGCCACCCCCUGCUCUCCACUGGCCACUGUGUGGUUGUGUUGGCGUGGUGUCCAUAGGCGGAUGGAUUUUCAGAAAGGGGCAAUGGGAUUUGUUUCUGUCUUGGUGGAAAUGUAUGUCGUUGUCUCCCCCUGCAGGAUUACAGCCACUACUUUUGUAGCUAGGGCUAUAUAAUAGCAACCGCAUAUUCUCUAAAAAGAAAAAAAAGUGGGUAUCUCACUUUGUUCUUAAGAGUUCCUCCUCAGGAUUUUGAUAUACUUAAAAGCAAAGAUUAAUGUAAAAGAGAUGGCUUGAAGAAGAGAAUCUUCCCAAAUAUUGUUUCAUAUAGCUAACAUCUGAUUUCAAAUAUGAGCUUGAUUUAUUUACAUGCAAGUAUUGUUUGAAAAUGUAUCAAAAGAGGCCAUUGCAUUCUUUCUGUGGGUUUCUGGGACAGCAAGGUAAGCAUUAGGAAGGCUAAAGUGCAAUACAUGGUUGCAGUACAGAGAGCUUUUGUUCAGAUGGAUAGUCAACCAUGAACUCUUUUCUGGAUGCUACAUUCUAUUUCUUUAUAUGUUGUUUUUCUGUCUAUUCCCACCACCACCACCCCAGCAACAGUCAAGUUAUCAUUGCAUAUUCCAGUGAGUAUUCCCAGUCUGUUUUAAGUAAAUAUGCAUAGAAUUUUGCUGUUGGGUUCAUCAUAUAAUUUGUGAAACUGGAGUUACGAAAUAGAAGCCCAUAACAAAAGGAGAUUUGAUCAUAUGAGCACAAGAGUCCUGAUAUUUUCAUCAUUCCCAUUGUCCCAUUCUUUUUGGCUUCAUUUUGACUUUAACAUAUGAAAUGAAUUAAAAUAGUGUGUUUCCAUCUCAGGAAUGCAGGAUAGGCUGUAUUUUUAACAGACCAAAUAAUGUAAUAGCUUGGUAAUAUAUAUGUAUAAGUACACAGUAGAGUAAAUAUGGUGUAGUGGAAAGAAAAUUGGACCAGAGAGAACUGAAGUCAGGCCUUUAUACCACUCAGCUAUGAAACUGACUUACAUUGAUUUUAGAUCUUUUUAUUGUUUGUAUCAUAUCUAUCAGGGAGUCAGGUGUGGCAUAUUAGUUUAAGUGUUGGACUGCAACUCAACAAGACCAGGGUUCAAUUCCCCACUCAGCCAUGAAACCCACUUGUGACCUAGGGUAAGUCACAUGCUCUUAGCCUCAGGGGAAGGCAAUGACAAAGCUCUGCUGAACAAAUCCUGCUGAGAAAAUCCCCUUAUAGGUUCACUUUACGGCCACCAUAAGCUGGAAAUGACUAGAAGGUAAACAACAAAAACAAAAUGAUACCUGUUGUAUAUGAAAGCAAUAAGUACAACUGACUGUUGCACUAUUCACUUUUCCCCCUAUCUGUCACUGUGUACAUAAUAUACCUAUUUGAUAAGAAGAAGCAAAGCAUAUCAUGGUAAAUAUUUUUAAGGGGGAGGGGACAAAACAUAUUCAAUGAACAUUUUUUAUUUUACAGAAAAGGUUACUGCUCAUUUCAAGUUUCCCCCCCAAUCAGCAACAUCAUCUGCAAGAAGUUGCAUGCAUAUGGGUAGUAAUGCUAUAUUGACACUAAAACUAUAUUGGUAGCCCACUAAGGAUGUAUAUAUAAUUCCUGUUGUGCCUUCCAACAGAUGACACAGAUUUAUGGGCCUUUAACUUUGUGAUCUCUUUUAUUUUAUGUAACUCGACUUGGCUGUGCACUGAUGUCAUAAUUGAAAGGUGGGAUCAUUGUGCUGUAAUUUUUUAUAGAAUUUCAAAUAAAAUACAUACAUUUUGUCAUUGCA